AUGGCAAAAAGAAUACACCAAGUUCAAGUUACUCUAUUAGAAAUAGGUGUUUUGGAUGAGACUUUACAUUAUGGGCUGUAUUCUCUAGUUGGCCAUUCUAACAAUCCCUAUUUGCCUAGUUAUACUUGUCAAAGUGAUAUUUUUUAUACUAAAACUCCAGUUCAUAAUCUUAGCUGGACAGAUCAUAAUAUUGUUUCACAAUUAUUAGUUGAUGUUUUUUUCUUUCCUUUUUUUUUUAAUUUGGAUCAAAUUAAAAUUUUUGUUUUUGGGAUCGGGUCUUCUUCAUGGGAAGAUUGGCAUAAGGUGGUUCAGGAUAAUAUAUAUAAGAUUGAAGUUUAUCAAAACUCACAAUUAAAGCAGGUGGUUGAGAAGGCAUUCCUGAAUGAUGUUUGGGAGCAUUUUAGUAUUAGCAAAUAUAUUGGUAUUCAACUUUUUGGUCUUGACUAUGCCAUUACUCAACAAUUAAUAAAGCAACAUCGAGUUCCCACUUGUGUGCCAAAUCAAUGGCAGGAUUUUUCGCUUAUCAAAACUCUUUAUGAUUAUCAUGAAAGUAGUAUUAUUGAGCUAAAUUCUGCGCUUAUUUCACUAUAUCCUAAAGAUUAUCAGUUUACUAAUCGAGAACUUAAUGCAUGGCGAUCAAUGUUUCGUGCUGCUGAUGCUCAUGACAUAACACCUUGGUCUUACACAGAAUCAAAGGUAAAAAUGGGACAUGAUAUUGAAUUAGGUGAGGAAAUACAAGAUGCAAUAAAGGAUCUGACAGAAACUCAUAAUGCAAAUAUCAUACCCAAUCGUGAAGCAAAUUGCAAAUUGGGAACGAUGCAUAGAAUUUCUAACUGGCAUGAAUGGGCUUGGCCAGAUGAAAAAGAGGAAGCUGGCUAUAUUUUGGCUAGGUUGUUAUCAUGA